AAAAAAAAUUGUCUCGCGAGAUUUGAGGGGGGGCCGCCGCGGAUCUUGCGCUCACGGGUCCAGCAGUCAGUAGGGGCUUUGGGCUGUGUUAAGAUGGCGGAGGCGGCCGGAGUUCGGAUCUGAGUUGGCUGACCAAGAACAGUUGCAUCCUGAGUGCAUCGUCCUGCAGAGUCCCUGGUUCCUUGAGUUUUCUGGCCGACACUUGCAGCCUUGCAGCAGUCUUCAAUGCAGUUUUCGUCUCCCUUUUCGUGCCCUGCUGGAUCCAGCUAGACUGAAGGAAUAAAAAAAAUCUGAAAAUGAAGGUGGACAGGACGAAGCUGAAAAAGACGCCAACAGAGGCACCUGCAGAUUGCAGGUCUCUGAUUGACAAGUUGAAAGUUUGCACAGAUGAGCAACUUCUGCUCGAGCUACAGCAGAUCAAAACAUGGAAUAUUGGAAAGUGUGAGCUCUAUCACUGGGUGGACCUGUUGGAUCGCUUUGAUGGGAUCCUCGCAGAUGCUGGGCAGACUGUGGAGAAUAUGUCUUGGAUGCUGGUGUGUGACAGACCUGAGAAGGAGCAACUUAAAGCACUUCUGCUGGCGGUUCUCAACUUCACUGCUCUGCUUAUCGAAUACAGCUUCUCUCGGCAUCUCUAUAGCUCCAUUGAGCACUUAACAACAUUGCUCGCCUCUUCUGACAUGCAAGUGGUACUAGCUGUGCUAAACCUUCUCUAUGUCUUCAGUAAAAGAUCUAAUUAUAUCACACGUUUGGCUUCCGAGAAGAGAACGCCGUUGUUAUCGCGACUCCAGCAUCUAGCUGAGAGCUGGGGAGGGAAGGAAAACGGCUUUGGUCUUGCAGAAUGCUGCAAAGACAUGCAGAUGUCGAAAUAUCCCCCCAGCGCCACCACUCUACAUUUUGAAUUUUAUGCAGAACCCGGCUCCGAAGUGAAAGUUGAAAAAAGGACGUCCAGUAACACACUACAUUAUAUACACAUAGAAGAGCUUGAUAAGAUUUCUGAAAGUCCCUCGGAGAUCAUGGAGUCCCUCACUAAAUUACACAGCAUUCCGAAGGACAAACAGAUGCUUUUAUUCACCCACAUACGACUGGCACAUGGUUUUUCUAAUCACAAGAAGAGAUUACAAGCAGUACAAGCAAGACUACAUGCUAUUUCUAUACUAGUUUAUUCCAAUGCAUUGCAAGAAUCGGCAAACAGUAUCCUCUACAAUGGGUUAAUAGAGGAAUUGGUGGAUGUGUUACAGAUAACAGACAAGCAGCUAAUGGAUAUAAAAGCUGCAUCUCUAAGAACACUGACCUCUAUAGUACACCUGGAAAGAACACCCAAACUAAGCAGCAUCAUAGAUUGCACUGGAACUGCCUCUUACCAUGGCUUCCUGCCUGUUCUAGUUCGAAACUGCAUUCAAGCUAUGAUAGACCCUACCAUGGAGCCAUAUCCUCACCAAUUUGCCACAGCUCUCUUUUCCUUCUUGUAUCAUCUAGCCAGUUAUGAUGCUGGUGGGGAGGCAUUGGUUUCCUGUGGCAUGAUGGAAGCACUUUUAAAGGUGAUAAAGUUUCUAGGAGACGAACAGGACCAGAUCACAUUUGUGACGCGUGCUGUCAGGGUUGUGGACCUCAUUACCAACCUUGAUAUGGCAGCCUUUCAGUCUCACAGCGGGCUGACUAUAUUUAUUUACCGUUUGGAGCACGAAGUUGACUUGUGCAGGAAAGAGUGUCCAUUUGUCAUUAAACCAAAAAUCCAGCGCCCCGCUACUGUUCAGGAAGGGGAAGAGAUGGAAACGGACAUGGAAGUGUCUGAUGUGGCCAUGGAGAGCAGUCCAGGGCCUUCCACCUCUACGGAACCUCGACCUUUGCCCACAAGCAGUAGCACUGGGAGCAUAGUGAUGCCACGUUCUGGUGUGCAGUGCAUUCCCCAAAGAGCGGCCUUGUUGAAAUCUAUGCUAAACUUCUUGAAGAAAGCCAUUCAAGAUCCAGCUUUUUCAGAUGGCAUUCGGCAUGUAAUGGAUGGUACCCUUCCUACAUCCCUGAAACACAUUAUCAGCAAUGCAGAGUACUAUGGACCUUCUCUCUUCUUGCUGGCCACUGAAGUGGUAACAGUUUUUGUAUUCCAAGAGCCCUCACUCCUCUCAUCUCUUCAAGAUAAUGGUCUUACCGACGUGAUGUUGCACGCUCUCCUUAUCAAAGAUGUCCCUGCUACCCGGGAAGUUCUAGGCUCCUUACCAAAUGUAUUCAGUGCACUGUGUCUGAAUGCCCGUGGUUUGCAGUCAUUUGUGCAGUGCCAACCUUUUGAGAGAUUGUUUAAAGUGUUGCUUUCUCCGGACUACCUUCCUGCCAUGCGGCGGCGGCGGAGCUCUGAUCCUUUAGCUUUGACCUCUCUCCGGUCUCCUGCAGGCGAUACAGCCUCUAACCUGGGCAGUGCUGUUGAUGAGCUGAUGAGGCACCAGCCCACUUUAAAAACAGAUGCCACCACUGCUAUCAUUAAGCUUUUGGAAGAAAUAUGCAAUCUUGGUAGGGAUCCAAGGUAUAUUUGUCAAAAGCCAUCAAUUCAGAAGGCUGAUGGCACAACUUCUGCUCCACCACCGCGGUCUAACCAUGCUGCCGAAGAGGCUUCCAGUGAAGACGAAGAAGAGGAGGAGGUACAAGCUAUGCAGAGCUUCAGCGCCACCCAGCAGAGUGAUGUUGAGCAAAGCCAGCAUGUGGUAGGAACAGAGGAAAGAAUUCCAAUUCCCCUCAUGGACUAUAUCCUGAAUGUGAUGAAAUUUGUUGAAUCCAUACUGAGCAACAACACAACAGAUGAUCACUGCCAGGAAUUUGUGAGUCAAAAAGGCCUUCUCCCACUGGUCACCAUUCUGGGCCUUCCUAAUCUACCUAUUGACUUCCCCACAUCUGCUGCUUGCCAGGCUGUGGCUGGAGUAUGCAAAUCUAUUUUGACAUUGUCUCAUGAACCCAAAGUCCUUCAGGAAGGACUUCUUCAACUGGACUCUAUUCUUUCCUCUCUGGAUCCUCUACAUCGGCCAAUUGAAGCACCUGGUGGAUCUGUAUUGUUACGAGAAUUGGCAUGUGCAGGGAAUGUUGCAGAUGCUACCCUCUCUGCCCAGGCAACACCAUUGCUUCAUGCCCUUACAGCUGCACAUGCUUACAUUAUGAUGUUUGUCCACACUUGCCGAGUAGGACAGAGUGAAAUCCGUGCCAUCUCUGUGAACCAAUGGGGAUCUCAGUUGGGACUGAAUGUUUUGAACAAGCUCAGCCAGCUGUACUGCUCUCUGGUGUGGGAAAGCACCGUCUUACUUUCUCUCUGCACGCCUAACAGCCUACCCCCUGGAUGUGAAUUUGGUCAGGCAGACAUGCUGAAACUCGCUCCCAAAGAAGAGAAAUCUACCCCACUGCCCCAAGGAGCCAAGAGAGCAGAAGGGGAGGUUGAAAACUCAGCUGCCAGUGAAGAAACCACUGGACUUUUAGAAGGCAUUGGGCUGGAUGGUGAUACCCUGGCCCCCAUGGAAACUGAUGAACCAAGCACCUCCGACCCCAAGGGUAAACCCAAGAUCACCCCUGCAAUGGCUGCCCGUAUCAAACAGAUCAAGCCGCUACUGUCAGCUUCUUCAAGAUUAGGUCGUGCUUUAGCUGAGCUGUUUGGACUCCUGGUUAAGCUGUGUGUUGGAUCUCCUGUUCGGCAAAGGAGAAGCCACCAUGCAGCAAGCACCACCACAGCACCCACUCCUGCUGCUCGUUCCACUGCUUCUUCUCUCACCAAAUUGCUUACCAAAGGCCUUUCUUGGCAGCCUCCUCCUUAUACCCCUACACCUAGGUUCAGGUUAACAUUUUUCAUAUGCUCUGUUGGCUUCACAUCUCCCAUGCUGUUUGAUGAGCGUAAAUAUCCUUACCAUCUGAUGCUACAGAAAUUUUUAUGUUCCGGUGGGCACAAUGCACUCUUUGAAACAUUUAACUGGGCCCUUUCUAUGGGUGGUAGAGUACCAGUUUCUGAAGGUUUGGAGCACUUAGACCUUCCAGAUGGUACUGGGGAAUUUUUGGAUGCAUGGCUCAUGCUGGUGGAAAAGAUGGUGAAUCCUACCACGGUUUUGGAGUCGCCACACUCUCUACCUCCCACCAAGCUGCCUGGAGGACAGAACUUUCCUCAGUUUAGUGCCUUGCGAUUCUUGGUUGUUACUCAAAAGGCAGCCUUCACGUGUAUAAAGAACUUGUGGAACCGAAAGCCAUUAAAGGUGUACGGAGGUCGAAUGGCUGAAUCCAUGCUGGCUAUACUAUGUCAUAUACUUCGUGGUGAGCCAGUGAUUCGAGAGCGUCUGAGUAAAGAAAGGGAAGGCACCCGAGAAGAAGAGGGGGCAGCGCCGGCAGAUGAAAGUGGAGCUAGACGAGAGCCGCAAGUCAACCAACAGCAACUACAGCAGCUUAUGGAUAUGGGUUUCACACGAGAGCAUGCAAUGGAAUCUCUUCUCAACACAAGCACUAUGGAGCAAGCCACGGAAUAUCUGCUCACUCACCCACCUCCUCUUAUUGGAGGAGUCGUGCGGGACUUGAGUAUGUCAGAGGAAGAUCAGAUGCUGAGAGCCAUUGCCAUGUCGUUGGGACAAGAUAUUUCUAUGGAACAGAGGGCAGAGCUGCCCGAGGAAACUGCACGUCGAAAAGAGGAAGAGGAGCGCAAGGCCCGUGAGAAGCAAGAGGAGGAAGAGGCCAAGUGCCUAGAGAAGUUCCAAGAUGCAGAACCCCUGGAGCAAGAUGAACUGCAUGGUUUUACAGACAGCAUGCUCCCUGGCUGUUUCCAUCUGCUGGAUGAGCUACCAGAUACAGUUUACCGUGUUUGUGACCUUAUUAUGACUGCCAUCAAGCGUAAUGGAGCUGACUAUAGAGAUAUGAUUCUAAAGCAGGUGGUCAACCAGGUGUGGGAAGCUGCUGAUGUGCUAAUUAAAGCUGCUCUUCCUCUCACAACCAGUGACAAUAAAACCGUGUCGGAAUGGAUAAGUCAGAUGGCAACUCUUCCUCAGGCAUCCAACUUGGCCACCCGCAUCCUUCUACUGACUCUUUUGUUUGAGGAGCUGAAGCUUCCCUGUGCCAGAGUAGUGGAAACCAGUGGAAUCCUUAAUGUUCUGAUAAAACUGCUAGAGGUGGUUCAGCCUUGUCUGCAGGCUGCUAAGGAGCAAAAGGAGGUUCACACACCAAAAUGGAUAACACCUGUCCUACUGCUUAUAGACUUCUAUGAGAAGACCUCCAUUGCUUCGAAGCGCAGAGUACAGAUGAAUAGGUAUCUUCAAUCAAAUGGUAACAACUGGCGUUGGUUUGAUGACCGAUCAGGACGUUGGUGUAGCUAUAGUGCUAGUAACAACAGCACUAUUGAUGCAGCAUGGAAAGCUGGGGAGACUUGUGUGCGCUUUACAGCCGGCCGACGAAGAUACACUGUACAGUUCACCACUAUGGUUCAGGUAAAUGAAGAAACUGGAAAUAGACGUCCGGUAAUGCUGACUCUGUUGCGCGUUCCACGUCUAACCAAAGGUGGCAAGAGCGGAAAUGGCCAAGAACUGGAGAAGACUUUGGAAGAAGGCAAGGAAACUGAUACCAAGCAAAAGGAGGAGAAAUUGGCUGAUCCUGCUCCAACUCCUGAGAGUACUACUCAAGAAAAAGAGUCACCCGCCGAUGAGCCUAAAGUUGGAGACAUAGUUAUUCAAGGCCUGACAGAAGAGAUGGUGACUGUGUUGAUCAGGUCAUGUGUUAGCAUGCUUGGUGUUCCUGUAGAUCCAGACACGUUACAUGCUACACUUCGACUAUGUCUGCGCCUUACCCGUGACCACAAAUAUGCCAUGAUGUUCGCUGAGCUGAAGAGCACGCGCAUGAUCCUAAGCUUGACUCAGAGCUCUGGCUUUAAUGGCUUCACUCCAUUAGUUACCCUCCUUUUCAGGCAUAUCAUAGAGGAUCCGUGCACAUUACAGCACACUAUGGAAAAGGUGGUUCGGUCUGCAGCUACCAGUGGCGCUGGUAGCACUACCUCAGGUGUAGUGUCUGGAAGCUUGGGGUCCCGAGAGAUUAACUACAUUCUCAGAGUUCUGGGUCCUGCAGCCUGUCGAAACCCAGACAUCUUUACUGAGGUUGCAAACAACUGCAUUAGGAUAGCUCUGCCUGCUCCACGUGGUUCAGGAACUGCCUCCGAUGACGAAUUUGAGAACCUUCGUAUUAAAGGUCCUAAUGCAGUUCAGCUGGUGAAGACCACACCUGUUAAACCCUCCACUCUUCCAGUCAUCUCGGAUACUAUAAAGGAGGUUAUUUAUGACAUGUUGAAUGCACUAGCAGCUUACCACGCACCAGAAGAAGUGGCUGAAAAAACGGAACCAAAACCAGUGGCUAUGAACCAGGAGGUCAGUCAGAUCCUUCAAGAUAUGGGUGAUGAAGUUUUUCAGCAGUACCGAGACCUCACCAGACAAGGCAGUGACUUUGAUUCUCAGGGUGGCUUUGCCAUAAAUGCACGUGUUUUCACUGCUGAUAGUUCGUCUACCGAGACACCACAGUCUGGAACACCUCAAGGUGAAGCUCUUACACCGGAAGAGAAUCGUGAAGGUGGAAAGAAGGACAAGGAUGGGGAUCGCAGUUCAGAAGAGGCAAAGCAGAAGGCCAAAGGCAGCAAGCCUUUACUGCCCACUUCUACGAUUCUUCGACUGUUGGCUGAGCUGGUCAGAUCUUAUGUGGGUAUUGCCACACUUAUCGCCAACUACAACUAUACAGCAGGACAGUCUGAGCUUAUCAAAGAGGAUUGUAGUGUAUUGGCUUUUGUCUUGGAUCAUCUCCUGCCACAUACACAGAAUGCUGAAGACAAGGACACUCCAGCUUUGGCACGUCUGUUUCUGGCUAGCCUGGCUGCAGCAGGCAGUGGCACGGAUGCUCAAGUGGCACUUGUUAAUGAAGUGAAAGCUGCCCUUGGACGUGCGCUGGCUAUGGCUGAGAGUACAGAAAAACAUGCCAGGCUACAGGCUGUGAUGUGUAUUAUCAGCACCAUCAUGGAGUCUUGUCCAUCCACCUCGAGCUUUUACAGCAGUGCAACUACCAAAACCCAGCACAAUGGCAUGAACAACAUAAUUCGCCUAUUCCUAAAGAAGGGUCUUGUCAGUGACUUGGCAAGGGUUCCUCACAGUCUAGAUCUGUCCAGCCCAAAUAUGGCAAAUACUGUAAACGCAGCCCUGAAACCCCUGGAGACUCUGUCCCGCAUUGUUAAUCAGCCCAGCAGCCUGUUUGGAAGCAAGGGAGCCUCGGGAAAGAACAAAUCUGAGCAAGACGCUCAUGGGGCUGCUAGAGAUCCUAAUAGUAAUCAGCCAGAUACAGGUGAAACUGGUGCUGAAGCGCAGGAGGAGGACCCGGACGUUGCCCAGGCUGAAGUGACAGAUGGGGAUAUUAUGGAUGGUGAGGCAGAGACUGACACUGUGGUAAUUGCCGGGCAACCAGAAGUUCUUAGCACCCAGGAGAUGCAGGUGGAGACUGAACUAGAAGAUCUCAUCGAUGAACUUCUGGAGAGAGAUGGAGCUGCAGUAAGUCGUGUUGAAGAUGAGUCGCAGGAGGAUGUGCUGAUGGAUGAAGCUCCUACAAACCUGAGCCAGGCUUCCACACUCCAGGCGAACAGGGAAGACUCAAUGAACAUCCUAGACCCAGAAGAUGAAGAGGAGCACACCCAAGAAGAGGACAGCAGUGGCAGUAAUGAGGAUGAAGAUGACAGUCAGGAAGAGGAGGAGGAAGAAGAGGAUGAAGAAGAUGAUCAGGAUGAUGAAGAGGGCGAGGAAGGAGAUGAAGAUGAUGAUGACGACUGUUCAGAGAUGGAGCUGGAUGAGGAUUACCCUGACAUGAAUGCAUCCCCUCUUGUACGUUUUGAGAGAUUUGACAGGGAAGAUGACCUCAUCAUAGAGUUUGAUAACAUGUUCUCCAGUGCCACUGACAUCCCUCCUUCACCUGGUAACAUUCCUGCCACUCAUCCUCUAAUGGUACGUCAUGCAGACCAUGGAUCUCUCACCAUCGGCAGUGGGACUUCCACAAACCGCUUGGCCCAAGGCAUUGGUAGAAGCCAACGUACGCUUCGUCAGAUUACCGCCAAUGCUGGCCACACAAUACAUGUUCACUAUCCUGGAAACCGGCAGCCAAACCCUCCUUUAAUAUUGCAAAGGUUGCUGGGCCCUUCAGCUGCUGCAGACAUCUUGCAGCUCAGUAGCAGUCUUCCCCUUCAGAGUCGUGGCCGGGCACGCCUGCUUGUUGGCAAUGACGACGUUCACAUUAUAGCUCGCUCUGAUGAUGAAUUGCUGGAUGACUUCUUCCAUGACCAGAGUACAGCAACCAGCCAGGCAGGCACUUUAUCCAGUAUUCCAACUGCACUCACACGGUGGACAGAAGAAUGCAAAGUGUUAGAUGCUGAGAGCAUGCAUGAUUGUGUGUCAGUGGUUAAAGUUCCUAUAAUUAAUCACCUGGAAGCUCUACGUGAUGAAGAGCUUGAAGAGCGAAGGGAGAAAAGGAGGAAACAAUUAGCAGAAGAGGAGGCCAAAAUGGCUGAUAAGGCCAAAGAGGAGAAAGAAUCAAAGGAACCGAAUGCGCAGGUCUCUGUGCUGGCUGCCAGCACUAAAAGGAAUGCCUCGUUUGAGCUGAGUCUUGCAGAUCAAGAUGGUAGCAGCCGUCCUGAGAACUUCCCAACUGCCCCUUCUUCUGCAGAGGGGACCCCAACAAGCCCAGAACUAGUCCCAUUGGACUCUUCUCUGCGUGCUCAUCCUCCUGAAGCUGCUUUGUCAGAUCUCUCUCAGAGUUUGCACCCGGAAACUGGACCAGAGGAUACUGGGCAGCUGCUAAUGCCAACUGAAGCUGAGGAUUCUGGGCCAGGAAGACCAAGCGUAGAGGGGGAGGCAACACAAAUGGAACUGUCACCUGCACCAACAAUAACCUCUUUGUCCCCAGAGCGGGCUGAAGAUUCAGAUGCGCUCACGGCUGUUAGCAGUCAGCUCGAAGGCUCACCUAUGGAUACCAGCAGCCUUGCAUCAGGUCCUCUGGAGGAGGGAGUUGGAGAGACCUCUGGAGUUGUAAAUCCAGAUCAGCCUCUUGUGGUCACCAGUAGUAUUGCAGUUGGUCAGCAGCCUGUAGAACUUCCGACUUCAAGUGAGAGUCAGGCAGCUGUAUCCCAGCUCGGUGAUGAGAGCUCCACAACGGCCCCAUCUAAUGAGUUGCCUCCUACCAGAGAUCCUGCUGUGGCCUUGUUAGCAGGUGAUUCGGGUGGUAUCCUGGAAGAACCGCUGCCAUCUACGAGUAGUGAAGAAGAGGAUCCUUUGGCUGGUAUAAAUCUACCUGAGGGAGUGGAUCCAUCCUUCCUUGCAGCUCUUCCAGAAGACAUUCGCAGAGAGGUACUUCAGAAUCAACUGGGCAUCAGGCCUCCUGCUCGGCCACCUCCUACUGCUGUACCAGUCAUUCCUCCACCUGUUGUGGGAAGUGCCGGCCUCACUGAGGUCAGCCCUGAAUUCCUGGCUGCAUUACCCCCAGCCAUACAGGAAGAGGUUUUGGCACAGCAAAGGGCAGAACAGCAACGGCGAGAACUUGCCCAAAGCACCACGUCGGACACCCCAAUGGACCCGGUUACCUUCAUUCAAACCUUGCCAUCAGAUCUACGCCGCAGUGUGCUAGAGGACAUGGAGGACAGUGUUCUAGCAGUCAUGCCCCCUGACAUUGCAGCAGAAGCACAGGCUUUGCGCAGGGAGCAGGAGGCUCGGCAGAGGCAACUAAUGCAUGAAAGACUCUUUGGUCAUAGCAGCACUUCAGCACUCUCUGCUAUCCUCAGAAGUCCAGCAUUUACAAGCCGCUUAAGUGGAAACCGAGGGGUUCAGUAUACACGGCUGGCAGUGCAGAGAGGAAGCACCUUCCAGAUGGGAAACAGCAGUACCCACACAAGGCCUGCAGGCAGUAAUGUGGACAGUUUGCUCAGACUAAGAGGAAGACUUUUGUUGGAUCACGAAGCGCUCUCAUGUUUGCUUGUACUGCUCUUUGUAGAUGAGCCAAAACUUAACACCAGCCGUUUGCACAGAGUCUUGAGGAACCUCUGCUACCAUGCACAAACCCGAAACUGGGUUAUCAAAAGCCUUCUGUCAAUCCUGCAACGCAGCAGUGAGAGUGAACUCUGCAUAGAGAGUCCCAAGAGUUCUUUAAGUGGCCCUGAUAAAAGGGGUGCUGCCAAGGGUUGUUCUUCCAGCCACGAUAAUCGUCCUUUAGAACUGCUGCACAAAAUGGAGUCCAAAAACUCCAAUCAGCUCUCUUGGCUCUCUGUUUCAAUGGAUGCUGCUCUUGGAUGCAGAACAAACAUAUUCCAAAUCCAGAGGUCAUUGGGACGCAAGCACACAGAGAAGCAUGCUGCUUGUGGCUCUACUGUUCAUAUCCACCCUCAGGCUGCCCCUGUGGUGUGCAGGCAUGUGUUGGACACGCUUAUACAGUUGGCCAAGGUGUUCCCCAGCCAUUUCACACAGCAGAGGACCAAAGAGUGCAAUGUAGAAAACAGUGACAAUAAGGAGAGGAGUAUAAAAGUGACUUGUAGCCCUUGUGUUACUCCAUCUAGCAACAGUGGGCCCAGCAAUAUUUCUACGGACUUCUGGGACUUGUUAGUUAAAUUGGACAACAUGAAUGUGAGCCGGAAGGGGAAAACAUCUGUAAAAUCUUUGCCUGUGAGCUCUGGAGCAGAAGCAGAAAGUUUGCAGUGCAGUUUGGAGGCCUCCCCAUUAGGACAGCUCAUGAAUAUGUUGUCUCACCCCGUCAUUCGACGGAGUUCGCUGCUUACAGAAAAACUGCUUAGACUCCUCUCCCUUAUUUCAAUUGCCUUGCCCGAUAACAAAUUGUCUGAUGGUGUGACUAAUCAAAGCAAUGCAAUCACACCUGCACCUGCCCCCACCCCUGCAACUGCACCAGUACCUCUCCCCGUACCUGCUGUAUCUGUGCCGGCAGUCAUCAGCCCAAGUGUAGUAUCAAGUGUGAUGAAAAGUAUCAAGUCUGCAGUAAAGUCAAGCGAGCUCAGUGUGCUUGACAAGAUGGCAGUUGCUGGGCUUACAGAAAAACAGUUGCAGCUUUCUGUUGAGGUGCUGACAUCUCAUUCAUGUUCAGAGGAAGGCUUGGAGGAUGCAGCAAAUGUGUUGCUACAAUUGUCUAGAGGUGACCCUGGGACACGAGACACUGUACUCAAGCUGCUGCUCAGUGGAGCCCACCACUUGGGCUACACCCUAUGCAAGCAGAUAGGUACUCUAUUAGCGGAAUUACGAGAGUAUAACCUUGAUCAGCAGAGGAGGGUACAAUGUGAGGCACUUUCUCCUGAUGGGUUACCGGAAGAGCAGCCACACAACACCAAAGCCAAGGGUAAAAUGCAAAGCAGAUCUCAUAUCACUUUGUCUUCGCAAUCCAGGUUUGAUAUUGCAGAAAACGUUGUUAUAGUUGCAUCACAGAAACGGCCAUUAGGGGGACGAGAGCUCCAGUUGCCCUCUAUGUCCAUGCUGACAUCAAAGACCUCCACACAGAAAUUUUUCCUCAGAGUGCUGCAGGUCAUUAUCCAGCUCAGAGAUGACACCAGGAGAGCCAACAAGAAAGCCAAGCAGACCAGUAGACUAGGAGCUGCCAGUCUGGCCUCUGCUAGCAGCAUCCAGGCAGCUGUGCAGCAGUUGGAGGCUGAGGCUGAUGCCAUUAUACAAAUGGUACGUGAGGGUCAAAGGGCGCGGAGACAGCUGCAAACUGCAACGGCGGAAGGCUCUGCACGCAGGGAGGAGUCUCCAAUGGAUGUUGACCAGCCUUCACCUGCUACACAGGAUACUCAGCCAGUUGGUCAGUGUGAAACAAGUUCCGAAGUACCUCAAGCUGUAGAGAAGAAAGAGGAUGAGCGGUUACCAGAAUUGCCACUGCUGAGUGAUCAGCUGAGCUUGGAUGAACUUUGGGACAUGUUGGGAGAGUGUUUAAAGGAGCUGGAGGAGUCGCAUGACCAACAUGCUGUACUAGUACUUCAGCCAGCUGUAGAAGCCUUUUUCUUGGUCCAUGCAACAGAGCGAGAAAGCAAGCCACAAGUUCGGGAUACUCGGGAAAGCCAGCUGUCUCACAUAAAAGAUGAGCCUCCUCCUUUAUCCCCAGCACCUCUCACCCCUGCAACGCCUUCUUCCUUAGAUCCCUUUUUUUCAAGGGAACCCUCAUCUAUGCAUAUCUCAUCCAGCUUGCCUCCUGACACACAAAAGUUCCUGCGCUUUGCAGAGACUCACCGCACUGUGUUAAAUCAGAUCCUCCGCCAGUCGACAACUCAUCUAGCUGAUGGACCUUUUGCUGUUCUUGUUGAUUAUAUCAGAGUCCUAGACUUUGAUGUCAAACGCAAAUAUUUCCGCCAAGAACUUGAGCGGUUAGAUGAAGGACUGAGGAAAGAGGACAUGGCUGUACACGUCAGACGAGACCAUGUGUUUGAAGAUUCUUACCGGGAACUGCACCGUAAAUCCCCAGAAGAAAUGAAGAACAGAUUGUAUAUAGUAUUUGAAGGGGAAGAAGGUCAGGAUGCCGGAGGACUCCUCAGAGAGUGGUACAUGAUCAUCUCCAGGGAAAUGUUCAAUCCCAUGUAUGCCCUGUUCCGCACAUCUCCUGGGGACCGUGUCACCUAUACAAUUAACCCCUCCUCUCACUGCAAUCCCAACCACCUCAGCUAUUUCAAGUUUGUCGGUCGAAUUGUCGCAAAGGCAGUGUACGACAAUAGGUUACUGGAGUGCUAUUUUACGCGGUCUUUCUACAAGCAUAUAUUGGGCAAAUCAGUCAGAUACACUGACAUGGAGAGUGAAGAUUAUCACUUCUACCAAGGAUUAGUCUACCUGCUUGAGAACGAUGUCUCCACACUGGGAUAUGAUUUGUCAUUCAGCACUGAGGUCCAGGAAUUUGGUGUGUGUGAAGUGCGUGACCUGAAGCCCAAUGGUGCAAAUCUUCUUGCCACAGAGGACAACAAGAAGGAAUAUGUCCACCUUGUGUGCCAGAUGAAGAUGACCGGUGCCAUCCGUAAGCAGUUAGCUGCUUUCCUGGAAGGUUUCUAUGAAAUUAUCCCCAAGCGUCUCAUCUCCAUCUUCACAGAACAGGAACUGGAGCUAUUAAUAUCUGGGUUGCCCAAUAUCGACAUUGAUGACUUGAAAUCCAACACAGAGUAUCACAAGUACCAAUCCAAUUCCAUCCAGAUUCAAUGGUUCUGGAGGGCGCUUCGCUCAUUUGACCAAGCAGAUAGAGCCAAAUUUCUUCAGUUUGUCACUGGAACCUCCAAGGUACCUCUUCAGGGCUUUGCAGCACUUGAGGGGAUGAACGGCAUCCAAAAAUUCCAGAUACAUCGAGACGACCGGUCCACAGACAGGCUGCCUUCUGCUCACACGUGUUUUAACCAGUUGGAUUUGCCAGCCUAUGAGAGUUAUGAGAAGCUACGUCACAUGCUGCUUUUGGCCAUCCAGGAGUGCUCUGAGGGGUUCGGCCUGGCCUAGGAACACCCCGCUGUAUAAUGUUUUUCUACUGUUGGACUUUAAAGAGGAAAAAAGCAAAACCAAGCCAUGCAUCUAUCUUGCUCACCCUGCUGGCACCAAGAAGAGGGACUUGCCUUCUAAAGCUGCCGCCUGUCUCCGGUUCCCUUCCAAUGGCGAACUGGCUGUACUGAGACUUGAAAUCACUGCUCUGGGGAAUGUAGAGAACGGAGAGGAGCAGGGGGAAAAUUAUAUAUAAGUAUAUAAAUAUAUAUAUUUUUCUGUUUUGCUUUUCUUCAGUUUUGCCUAAGGAUGAGUUGACACGCUCAACUCUUCAAAAAGAAAAAAAAAAAGAAAAAAAAACCUCUGAACGCAGGGUAGAGAAGCUGGUGAAUAUGGUAACGUAAAUUCUGCAAAUAUGUGAAAAAACCCCCACAAAAGAACCUUUGGAAGAGAAGAAACCUAGAGCACUCUCAUUAUGAAAUAGCCACUAUUCCCUACGCUAUUUUUUCAGCUUCAAAUAAAAAUUCGGAGGUGUUUACCUGUAAAUAAACCACUGAAUGGAUUUACCUGAUCAAUACAGUUUUUUUAUUUCUUCAUGCCCCGUUUCUGGUGGUGGUUGGAUGGUUUUGGGGGGAAGGUUUGAGAAGGCGAGUUGGAUGAAAUGUGUAAAGUGGUAGGAUCAAAUGACCGAGCCUAUGAAGGCUAAAAGACCACUGGCUUGUGAAGGGCUGACAGCCGUUAACUAGUGUGGCCUUUAGACCUUGCAAAGACAUUUCCCAUCUUCUAUUAGAUCUAUUCUUUGUGAGCGUGUGAAGCGAUGGGACACGUGAGAUGCAGAGGGGCAGAUAAAUUGCAGAUCCAGAUGAGCAAUGGGAGAGCAGAAUGUAAACACAAUCUAGCCAAGGUUUAAUCCCCCACCCCAUAUUUAUUUUUUUCUUUUUCCCCCAUCCCUGUUCAUUUUUUUGAGGUUUGGAUUGCUAGGAUUUUUUUUUUUAUUUCUUUUAAAAAUGCAAAAUUGAGAUGAAGAAAAAAGACUUAUCGGAAGUUUUUUGCUGCAAGUUUUGAAACACUGGGAGAGGUGUGGCUACCAUAAGUAGAAGCACGGGAGGGAGGUCGGGCAGGGGCUGUUUUGGUCGGACAUCUUGUCAUUCUGCUGGAAAAGUGUUAAAUUUCGGCCUGGUUUUCCUAGCUCACUCCUCACAUGCUGUGCACGGAAUAAUGCACUUGUGUCAACUAGACCGUUCAGGAGGAAUAAAGAAAGUGAUUGAAUAAAGGUUUAGUUUGAAAGCCAACAAGCCUUGGUGUCUUUGUGUGUGAUGGAUUAAAUCUUUGAUAUUGUG